AUGCCUCUUGUGGUUUACGAACCGUUGAUAUUUUACACUUUCCCAUAUUAUUCCUGCACCACCCACUCGGUGUCCUCCAUCUCUACCGCCCUUCCAGAGAUCCCCUUCAAGAGCACCCUCCAUUUCUAUCUCAAUGGGAAACCAAAGAUUGUGAAGAAACCAGAUCCCGAGGCGAUUCUUAUCGAUUACAUCAGAAACUCUGCUCAUUUAGCUGGCACCAAGCUUGGCUGCGCGGAAGGUGGCUGUGGCGCGUGCACCGUCACCGUUGCUGAGUUCGACCACGACCUCAAACGCGUUACCUACAAAGCAUUAAAUUCGUGCAUCGUCCCGCUUAUCUCUGUCGAGGGAAAACACUUGAUCACGGUUGAGGGAAUCGGCCAACUGGAGAACGACUCGCUUCACCCGACGCAGGAGCGCAUCGCCAAGUUCCACGGCUCGCAGUGUGGUUUCUGCACCCCGGGCAUUGUCAUGUCGUUGUAUUCACUUUUAAGAAACAACUCCACCCCUUCUAAGGAGCAGAUUUCCGAGGCAUUUGACGGAAACUUGUGCAGAUGCACCGGAUACAUGCCCAUCAUCGAUGCCGCCUACACCUUUGCCAUUGAGAAUCAACCAGAGUGUGGUAGUCAACCAGGCUGCGCUAAAGUUAACUGCUGCAGGAACGGAAAGUCCGCGGCUGAGGUUGUGAAACAGGUUGCGGACUUCAAACUGGAGGCAGUAUGCGCCAAGGGAGUCGACUGUUGCCGCAACAAACCUGAAAGCAAUGGGACCGCCCACUCGAAUGAGACAGAUAUGAAUGCCUUGUUCACCCCUAACGGGCUUCCGUUAAAGCCCUACGCACCCCAGCUAGACCUCCCCUUCCCGAAGGUGUUGCAGAGCCGUGAAGCUACACCGGUUUUGUAUGGAAACGGGCAUAAGAUGUGGAUAAAACCCACCACCAAGCAGCAGCUCCUCGAGAUCCUCUAUGUAUACCCCCACGCUAAGCUUGUGGGGGGUGCGUCCGAGGUCCAAGUGGAGGUAAAGUUGAAGAAUGCUGACUACAAGCUCAACGUUUACUGCAACGACAUUGCCGAGUUGAAGAGCUGGAAGUUUACCAACGGUGGCUUGGAGAUUGGUGCCAACAUCUCGCUUUCAGACUUGGAGAUGAUCUGCGAGAAUUUAGCCCACACUAUGGGUCACGCCGGUCAGAUCUAUGGAGCCUUAGCCCAGCAGUUCAAGUUCUUUGCCGGUCGCCAGAUCCGUAAUGCUGCCACACCAGCCGGUGCCAUCGUCACGGCCUCUCCGAUUUCCGACUUGAACCCUAUCUUGGUGGCAGGUGGAUGCCACCUCAUCGUGGAAAGCUUUGCCGGCAACGUCAAGACCUUUGCCUUGCGAGACUUCUUUGUGGGUUACCGUAAGACCUUGCUCGAGCCCGGCUACAUAAUCACCAAGAUUUUUAUUCCCCAGACAGCCCCAGGUGCGUUUAUCCACGCCUACAAGCAGUCAAAGAGGAAGGACGACGACAUUGCCAUCGUUACUGCUUGUUUGCAGGUGGAGCUUGAUGACGCUCGGAUUGUCAAGGACGCUUGUUUGGUCUACGGCGGAAUGGCAGCCUUGACCGUAGAGUCUCCUAAGGCCCAGGCGUUCUUGCGGGAUCGGAAGUUUGAUGAAAAGGCAACGUUGGAAGGAACGUUCCACCAUUUAGAGUUGGACUUUCCGUUGGGCUUUGGUGUUCCUGGCGGGAUGGCUUCCUACCGCAAGACGCUCACGUUAUCGUUCUUUUACAAGUUUUUCAACUACGUGUUGCAGAGUCUUGAGAUGCCGUUCGAAGCUGACUCGUUGGCAGAGGUCACCAGAGGCAAGCCCGAAGGAAAGCGUGAUAUCGUCAACCCCUUUGAGACCGAGAUUGUGGGGAAGUCUAACCCGCACCUUGCGGCCUUGCGGCAGGUGACAGGUGAGGCCGUGUACGCCUCUGAUAUUUCUCCACAGUUCAAUGAGUUAUGUGCAAUUCCGGUGCUUCUGACCAAAGCCCAUGCGAAAAUCUUAUCUGUAGACUGGCUGGCGGCGUUGGAGGUGGACACAGUUGAAGGGUAUUUGGACAUCAAUGACUUGCCCUCCAAGCUGGCCAACCUCUGGGGCGUGAACCCAGCGGGAAUGGAAGAGUUCUUUGCGGAUACCCACGUCUACUACUACGGCCAGACGAUCGGGGUGGUCUUGGCCACUGAUCCCGAAAGGGCACGUGAGGCUGCUCGCUUGGUGAAGGUGGAAUACGAGGACUUGACCGCCGUCAUCAGCAUCGAAGAUGCGAUUGACCAGUCGUCUUAUUUUGCUGACAACAGAGUAACCGAGAAGGGCGACUGGGAGGCGGCGUUUGCCGGCUCCAAACACGUCUUUGAGAACACUUCCCGGAUUGGAGCGCAGGAGCACUUCUAUUUCGAGACCCAAGGGUGUUUGGUAAUUCCGGAGGAAGACGGCGAGUUGAAAGUUUACGCUUCCACGCAGAAUCCGACGGAGACCCAGGAAUACGCCGCGCACAUCACCGGGGUUCCCUCCUCCAAGGUGGUUGUAAGAGUCAAGAGGCUUGGUGGAGGGUUUGGGGGCAAGGAAACGCGCUCCGUGUGCUGGUCCUCGCUUGCGGCGUUGGGCGCCAAGAAGUUUAAGAGGCCAGUACGGAUGUUCUUAUCGCGAUCCGAUGACAUGCUCGUGGCAGGCCAGCGCCACCCCUUCUUGAUGAAGUGGAAGAUCGGCUUGGACGAGUCUCUUAGGUUCACGGGGCUUGAUGCCACAUUGUAUGCCAAUGCUGGCUGGUCGAUGGACUUGACGCGAGGCGUGGUGGAUAGAGCGGUGUUCCACGCAGCCAACGCCUACCAUAUUCCAAAUGCCCGCCUUGAAGGGAUUCCCUGCAAGACCAAUACCGCCUCUAACACCGCUUUCAGAGGGUUUGGCGGGCCACAGGGGAUGUUCAUGGCGGAAACUAUCGUGGUGGAUGUCGCGGAACGCCUCGGGGUGGAUCCGGACUUGAUCAGAGAGCGCAACUACUACGAUUUAGCGGCAGGCCAAACCACCACGUACAAGCAGCUUGUGUCGGAUGACUACUCGGUGCCCGAUAUUGUGGCGCAGAAUAAGGAGGAGGCCAAUUUUGAUGGCUUGCGGAACGAAAUUUCUGAGUUUAACCGGAACCACAAGUGGGUCAAGCGAGGCCUUGCGCACGUACCCACGAUGUUUGGUAUUGCCUUUGGUGUCACGUUCCUCAAUCAGGGCGGCGCGUUGAUCCACAUUCACCAGGACGGCUCUGUCUUGGUCUCCCACGGCGGUACCGAGAUGGGCCAGGGGCUCCACACCAAGAUGGCGAUGAUCGCGGCUGAAGAGUUAAACGUGCCGUUGCUGGGGGUGUUUAUCUCCGAGACUUCUACCCAAUCUGUGGCGAACACGUCCGCCACCGCCGCUUCUGCUUCCUCCGACUUGAACGGGAUGGCUGUCAAAGAUGCCUGCGAUCAAUUGAAUGAAAGAUUAAGACCUAUUAGGGAGAAGUUGGGUCCAGGCGCCUCCAUGGCCAACAUUGCAAAAACGGCAUACCUCGAGAGGGUGAAUUUGAGUGCCAACGGGUUCUACAAGACUCCGGAUAUUGGAUAUGAAUGGGGUGUGCCCAACCCGAAGCCGGCCUUCUCCUACUACACUCAGGGAUCAGCCAUCUGUACCGUCGAGGUGGACACACUAACAGGCGAUUGGACGUGCCUUGAGGCACACGUCAAGAUGGAUAUCGGCAGACCCAUCAAUCAGGCUAUUGACUACGGCCAGAUUGAAGGCGCGUUUGUACAGGGAAUGGGUCUAUUCACCUUGGAGCAGAGCUUGUGGCUCAGACACAACGGUGCGUUGUUCACGCGUGGCCCUGGGGCUUACAAGAUCCCUGGUUUCAGAGACGUGCCCCAGGUCUUUAACAUUAGCAUGUUAAAGAACCGCGACUUCAAGCACUUAAAGACAAUCAGACGGUCCAAGGGUAUCGGUGAACCACCGUUAUUCUUGGGGUGUUGCGUUCUGUUUGCAAUCAGAAACGCUCUUGAUGCAGCACGCAGAGAGCAUGGGAUUGCCGGUGGUUCCAGGGGUCUUCCCCUUAUCUCUCCGUUGACCACCGAUAGGAUUAGAGGGUUUGUGGGAGAUACCAUCAGUGGAUAUGGAGAAGUGGUGCCGAAAGACGGUGAGAGAGAUUUUUUUGUUGAGGCGUAG